UUCAGUUUGGACCAAUGCUGCUGGCACGUUGAUCAAUAAAUGUAUCAGUGUAGACGGAUGUAUUGGUAAGGCCUGUACAUUCUCCACGGGAAAAGAAAAACUCUCUUCCAUGGCUGCAAGAAAAGGAGUUUUUUCUCACAGAUUUAGUUUUGGAAUUCUCAUAGCUUGCUCUUGACACAUGGAUUAGGCAUAAUGUCUGACAACUACCAUGUGAUUGGUCAGAAAAUUGAGGUGGAUGUGGUUAAUGUGGAAAAGCAGGAAGUUGUCAUGUCUGCUUUUUCUGCUAAUGUAAAACAUUAUUAAAAUUAUUUAAGUUGUGGGAACUAAUCCAGCUAUGAUGCCACAAUAUGAUAUUAGAUGAUUAGUUUUACUGCCAUCAUAAACUCUGGUUCAUAUUCAACGUUUUUUCUUAUUUAUAGGAAGCUUUUAAAACUUUAAAAAGUCUGGCGCCUAAAGGGUUAACUGUCUAAUUUCAGAAAUUAAAUCAACAAAGCUUUUAAUAUUUUAACAUGUUUUAAGUUAUUUUCUAUCUUUUUAAAUGUGUUUUCAAGUAAAACUAUAAAUUAGCUUGAAUGAUGCUGUAACAAUCAGUUAGGUUUAGGUGGUAAACUACUUAGUUAGGGUGAGGAAAAACAACAUUUAAACAUUACAGCUGACACACAUGGAGUACAUCACAUAAAAACAAAAUAUAUCAAUCUAAAAACACCGUUGAAAACUUUACCCAUUAGCAUUAAAAAAAAAGAAAACAAAAUUCACUUUGAGAAGUAUUUUAUAUUUUUUAUUUUCUUGAGUAUGUGUUGCACUACAAGCCAAGAUACAAUAAAGACAAAUUUGAGAAUAAAGACUUUUUUUUCUUUACGUGCUUCAUUGUUGUAAAACAAUAAAUGCAAUUAAUUUCAUUUUCUUAAAACUUAGUUCUCUAAAUAUCUUGGCUUUCCUUGUAAAAUUCAGUUCAUAUUUACUUUUCCUGACAUUUGCUCCAGUAAUGUAAGUGUAAUUAUCAUUCAUCAGAUUUAAAAAGAAAAAAAAAAAGAGUGAAAUUCUUUUCUUUCAGCUUGAGUUUUCCCAGAUGUUCCACAGUUCCAUGGAAAGUACAUAAACCGAGCAUCAAAAUCUACUUGUGGGUUUCAUAAUCCUCAGCAUUCUACUGGAGGCAUUUCACACUGAAUGUAGGUGUAAUGUAAUAUGUAAAUAAAUGUGCAUUUUUUUUUAUUUAUUUGUUUAUUUUUUCUUAAAUGUCAUGUGAUUGUUUAAAUCACUAAAAAAGAUUUGUUACGCAUGUAUAUGACUCAGACUAGUCCAUGUGUAGUUGUCCUGCAAUAUGGAGAAACACAGCAAAACUAAUGUACAGCCCAAGGGCAUUUUAUUACACGAAUAAAGUUUUAUAUAAAAGUUCUUCAGUGUGUGUUUCUUUGUGUUUGCUAUGAGUUUUGAAAUGCAACAAAUUAGGCUGAAGUCGCUUUUUUUUUAUUUAACCUGUACCAAACAAUAGGUUGACUGUAAGAAAUGCCAGAUUGUGAAAUUAUUUGGAGAAGUAAAACGUGAGGAAAGAGAGUAAAAGUCGUCCCAGCCCCCAUCAGUUACUUUAACUGUCAAGUUACAAACACAGAACAUCUGGUUUACAUCUCAGCAGCCUGGAAACUCCAGAGCUUUUCCCGUAACAAAGAGCGUAAGGGUUAUAUAAGAAAUUUAUGUGUUUCGUGCUCUAAUGUCUUGUGCUUUUUUCAAGCUAGUCUUGUUUUAAUGUGCUUUUGGACACUGGUUGGUCAACAUGAGCUCAUAAACGAAGACUCCCAUGAGAAUCACUGAGGAGUUAAAACCCAGCAGCCAGCUCUGCCUCCAACCUCAGAUUCAGCUCUGCCUGCAGUGCAGAGGCCACAGACGCCACUUUUACCCUUUUCUGCCUGAAUACACAACCAACCACAGCCGAUAAAUACAAUCUGUAUUUGUUUAAGUAACAAGAGGAAGACAUCAGUGCAUGUGAGGAGGCAAAAACAUUUUGAGUUGUCGUGAUGACUCCGUCCAGCAGCUUAGUGCUGCUGCAGCUCCUCAGCUGCAUAUCAUCCAGUCUGGCCUGUUUCUGUGACAAAUAUGCCUGGACCCCCUGGUCCGCCUGCACCAUGACCUGCAACCAUGGAACUCAGUCCAGACAAAGGCAGGUUCGUUAUGAUGAAUAUUACUGGAAGAACAGCUGCUACCAAAUGUGUGAAAUGCAGGACACCAGAUCUUGUAAUGUGCACGCAUGUCCAAUAAACUGCCAGCUAACAGAGUUUGGCCCGUGGUCCGACUGCUCACCCUGCGCCAAGAAACAGUUUCGGACCCAAUCUGUUGUGACACCGUCCCAGUUUGGUGGAUCAAAAUGUAGCGGGGUGCUGAAAGAAGAGAGAAACUGUUAUCCAUCCAAAGAGUGCAAGUUACCAAAGAUCGACUGCAAAGACAAAUUCAAAUGUAGUAAUGACCGCUGCAUCAACUCCACGCUAACAUGCAACAGGCAGAAUGACUGUGGAGAUAACUCUGAUGAGAGAAACUGUGCCGGCUUCACAGAUGUAUGUUUGGGUGAUAUGUCAGUUUCCCCUGGAGCUGAGCUGUUGGGAAAUGGGUUUGAUGCUCUCGCAGAGGAGCCGAGGGGAGCAGUACUGGACAACAGGUUCAUGGGAGAAAUCUGCAAUAUUAGGAGGCCAGGAAGCUUAAACCUCUACUAUCGAGUUCCUCACAACUUUGAGAAACUUGAUAUUCAGGUUGGUGUGCUUGAGGACUUCAGUAAUCACCCCCAGGAGGUGCAUAGUGAGACCAUCAGUACAAAGUCCAGUUCAUCAUCUCAAAACUAUGGACCAAGAAGAAACGACUUUCUCUUCGUCAUCUUAUAUCUCCAUCGAUCCCAAGGUUCUCAGAUGACCAAAAACAGGGAUGCUUAUGAAGCUUCCAAGAAAAAGGACUCCAAGUUCUUCCGAGUGCAUCAGAUUAUGCCCGUGUCCACAUUUAAAAUUAAGGACAAGGAGAACAUUGUCCUUACGCUGCCUUUUCUUGAGUACCUUCACGCUCUUCCUCUUGACUACAACUACGGGCUCUAUAGGGAGAUUUUCCAGCUCUAUGGAACACACUACUACAGCUCAGGGAAACUGGGAGGACACUAUGACCUGAUGUAUCAGUUCAGUCGAGAGGAGCUCAGAACUUCAGGUGAAUCAGAAGAGCACUUCGAGGGCUGCCUCGGCUCAGAGACGGCCUUUACCGUCAUCCUCUACACGCAAUAUAGCAGUGUAACCCGAUGCAAGAACAACAGGAUGACUGAGAAAUAUGAAGGGUCAUACAUUAAGUCAUCAGAGAAAUCUUUCUCCAUGGUGAAAGGUGGUCGAUCAAGAGAGGCAGCGGCUCUGGCCUGGGAGAGAGAACGUCCAACUCCAGAUCAAACAUCCUACAAGAACUGGGCCAAGUCUGUGAUCGACAACCCCGCUGUGGUUGAAUACGAGCUGCUUCCCAUCAUAGAUCUGGUGCGAGGAAUUCCCUGUGCUGUCACAAAGAGAAGGCACCUGAGGAGAGCCCUGCUGCAGUACUUGGAGGAAUUUGAUUCCUGCAAAUGUGCUCCUUGUCCCAACAACGCUAAGCCAGUUCUCUCUGGCACAGAGUGCAAGUGUGUUUGCCAGACGGGCACAUUUGGUGACAACUGUGAGAAACGGGCUCCUGACUACACCUCAGAGGCAGUGGAUGGUUACUGGAGCUGCUGGGGGCCAUGGACUAGCUGCGGAGUCACCAUGAGGAGACAACGAACGAGGCAGUGCAACAACCCCACCCCCCUCAAAGGUGGUCAAGCCUGCAAAGGUCCAGACACACAGGAAGAAACGUGUCAUGUCUCUCUUUUUGAAAAACAAGAUUCCUGCGACAAUGAUGAUGACUUCUAUGUGGGCUGGAGGGACGAGCUUCCUCCUGGUGUGGAGGGCUGUCUGAGACCAAAGAGGCCUCCCAACAGCUUUCUCAGGAAAGCUAAACAAUACUACAGUUUUGGAGAAGAUGAGGAGUUCCAGUGCUUUACUGGAUUUGAGAAUGAUGAUUUUCAGUAUAUCAACUGUCUGCCUGAUGGAACUUGGACAGAACCACAAGGAAAAUGUGUCAGAAAGUACUGCGCUCCUCCAGAAAUCCCUAAAGAAAUGACAUUGUUCCCAAACCAAAACCUUUACAAAGUGGGUGUGUCUGUGGGUUUGAACUGUAAGGAGCUAGGCCUGUUGCCGCUGCCACUAGGCUUCUACCGGUGCACCAACAGUCUCACCUGGGAUCCUCCGAUACCUGCUGACCUACGCUGCACUGAUGAGCUACCUGUUGAUCCUGAUAGUGGGUGUGGUCCAGGUCAGACGCUAGAAGGGUCUCGCUGUGUUUGCAUUGAACGGGAGAGCUGCCUGUCAAACCCCAACACAAUCUGCGUCCUGAACACAAACCUCGGUGUCGCCCUGUCGAUGUCCCUAUGCGCCUUCAAUGCCGGCCGUUGUCACGGUGAUCCGCUCUUCUUCAUCAGCGAAAGUUUGUGUGACCCAGCAGACUCAAGCAAACUGGAGUGGGCCAAGUUCAGAGCACAGAUGUCCUCCAAGAGUUCCCUUCAUGUGCCCUGUGGUCUUGACACUUGUUAUGAAUGGGAGACCUGCACAGCAUCUAAGUGCCAGUGCAAAGUUUUGUCUGAGUGCAACAGAGGCGACGAGACCCAAAUGUUCUGCGUAAGGCUGGGCACCCAGAAACUCCGUAGCCUCAACCUCUGCUUUCUAGCUGCCUACAAGUGUGGCAACAAUAAGUUUGAACUCAUCAACGAGGGACGCUGUGUGACCCCAUAAACAAUGGCAAUGAUUGUAUUGUUGAUCGCACGAUUUCACAUCUACAUUGUUCACUGAAACCACAAGUUUAAAGAUAUUAUAGAAAUUGGCACAUGUUGCACACCUUCUUUUAUCAAAACCUACCUAUCACCUUGAAUGAGCCAAAUCAUUGUUUAUGUGAAAUAGAUAGAAGCAGAAAUUUUGGAUGCACAUAGCUUUCUAUCCAACCUCACUAUCAAUCCUUUGUGGAGCCCACCUUUACAGCUGCUGUAGUACAUCCUCUAAGCCUGACGCAUGUAGCCACUAGGAUGUUUGUGUAUUCCUUAAGGCAGAACUGCUCCAGCUUCUUUAAACUGAAUGGGUUCUGAUGAUGUACAACAUGGUUUACAUUCCCAGUCAGAUUGAUGUUUAGUUUUUAGCCUGGUCAUUCCAGGACUUGUUAAUGCCUCCCAUAAGCCAAUUUAGUUAUUGCUUCAACACUGUUUACGGUUGUUUUCAUGAAGAUAAUUUAACCUAAAUCCCAGUCUCACUUAUCUGUAAACUGAAGUUUUCUUCAAGAAUGUUUAUGUAUUAACCCUAAAAUGCUGUAUAUAUUAUAUUUGAUAUAUACAGUUUCUAAAACAAUUAGCAUCAUUUUACAGAAAAAAAACUUGGCUCAAAACCCGGUUGUACACAAUCUGAGACUUGUCCCACGUAUAUAAUAAUAUAAUAAUGAUACGAUAAUGCUCUACAAUAAUUCUGACAUAUUACACAGUAAUAAACAAUAAAUAAACAAAACUAACUUUUGUAAAAUUUUUUAAAUUUACAUUUUAAUAAAGGGUCAAAUAAAGACUUCAGAUAAAAAAAAAAAAAAACAAUAGAUAAUUUUAGUUGCCCCACUCAGUGUUUUCUUUGUUGGCUAAAAGUUUCAAUUAGCCAUGUGUCAUACUAGAGUACCUAGAUGCCUUAUUUUGGCAAUCGUAAACUAGGCCCUGCGGGUUUUAGAUGUUUCACUGAUCUGGUCUGAAAAGGGUAAAUAAUGCAACAGUUAAUAUAAAAACUUUAUAGAUGUUUACAUGAAGUCAACCAAGAAUGCAAUGAAAUGAACACUGACCACUGUAUUGUGGCAAGAAUUUCAAGGUUUGAGUGAACUGGAAAUAUAUUGGGAAUAUUAUGCAGCACUUCUUUUUCAAGAACUCUGAAAAUGCAGUGACUAGCGGUGAAGUCAAUAACUGUGUUGCAAACGUGACAAAAUGCCAAGAAAAUAUUGUGGUUUGACUUGUUUUUGAUGAGAAAAAAAUCCCUGCUUUUGGCUUUUAGCUCAGUUCAACCAUCUGAAAUUCACACCAGCUCACUUUUAAAAGAGAACACCGUCUUUCUAAUAUCUAAAAUGUAUAAAUUACUUUUUAACUAUGAACCAAUGUCGUCUCCAUUAUCACUGGCACCUCACUGAAUUUGGCAUUUAGACUCAUUCAUUAUGUUAAAACUAUGGAUUAACCACAACAUUUAAAAAUUUGGGAGAAAUCAAAUGAAUCUUUUUUAAUGGGUAGAGCCACAUUUUAAUGUCUGUUAACUUUGAACAUACUGUUUAAAGCUAGCAGCUUCUAUGACAUCAAUCUCAAUAAUUUCUAAAACUUACACAAAUUGCACCAAAUUAUGUUGGUUAACUGUACACACCAGGUCUGUGGUAGUUUUUGGAGGGCAGAGCUUUGGGUUAAAUGUCAUUAACGUCCUAGAAUAAUCUUUUGUUACUUUAAAUCUUGUGAUUAGCUUUUUAGAUAUUUGUUGCACAAAUAAAGAUCAGCAAUAAAUAUCA